CAAGCUAUAGUAAAAGUAGGACUCAUUUAAUAUAAUUUUUAAUAAAUAAUUAGGAAAAUCUAUAAUAAAAAUCUAUCUUUUUAGCCAAAACAUAGAAAAUAGAGAAAAGAAGAGGAAUUACUUACGUCAAAAAUUAUUUUACAGUGAUUUUUCAUUUAAUCAUUGCUAGUUUUUUAAAAUUUAAAAUGGGCAAUUUUAGAAGAGAUUUGGAUUUAUUGAAAAAAUUUAGAGAUAACAAUGAUCGAAAUAGUCGGGAAGUCGUGCAAAUUUGGAAUCGUUCAAUUAAUUCAAAUAUAGAUAAACUAGGAAAAGAAAAACAUGUAGUAUUAGAACAAGUCUGCAUUGCGGCCCUAGAUUCUUUCCAGUUGAAAGUAGCAGAAAUAUGUAUAAAAGAACUAUACAAUGAAUUUCCCGAUAGUUGCAGAGUACAGGUUUUGGAGUCUAUGUUAUAUGAAGCUGACGAAAAUUUUGAAAGAGCAAUUUUAAUUCUGAGAAAUGUCAUUCAACAAGACACCACAAACAGUUCCGCAAGAAAAAGACAAAUUGCUAUAUUAAAAUCCCUUGGAAGGACCUCAGAUGCCAUUAGAGAGUUAACAGACUAUUUGAAAGUAUUCAUGGCUGAUAUUGAGGCCUGGCAGGAACUAAGUGAAUUGUAUUUAUCAGAGUUUGAUUACAGUAAAGCUGCGUUUUGUAUAGAAGAGCUGAUAUUACAUAGUCCUCAUAAUCAUUUACUCCACCAAAGAUAUGCAGAUGUUAAGUACAGUCAGGGUGGUUUGGAAAAUAUGGAACUGGCGAGAAACUAUUAUUACCAAUCUUUCAAACUGAACCCAAAAAAUAUGAGGUCCCUGUACGGAAUUUACCUGACUACUUCUGUGAUGUUGACUGCUCAAAAAGUGGUUAGCGGUAAAAAGAAGGAUGCCGCCCAAAAAGUCUUGGAUUGGGUAUUAAAAGAAAUUAAACAAAGAUAUGCAGAAAAGCAGAACAUUUCUGAUAUAUCAGAAUCUUUAGCUGCCUUAGAAAUUUAAAAUCUAAUUAUUUAUACUUUUUAUAAGAAACAAAGUGAUUUUUUUUUCAAAGUAUUUUCAAUUUUAUUCCAACCAAUAUUUGUUUUUUAUAUAUACUAGUGUUAAUAAUGAGAUUUCGAGUACCUGUACAAGAAAGAAAUAUAAAUACACACUUCAAUUAAA